GAGGACCUGCAGCCCCAGAAGGAGCAGUGGAGACAGGGAGCUGCGGCUUGAGGCUCCAAUGGCGUCCCCAUUUCCCGCUCCGGCCCCAGCUCAUCCUGCCUGCUCAUCCUUCCCAGUGUUCAAGAAGGCAAGCCCCAAUGGAAAGCUCACUGUCUACCUGGGAAAGCGGGACUUUGUGGACCACAUUGAUCUCGUGGAUCCCGUAGAUGGUGUGGUCCUGGUUGAUCCUGAGUAUCUCAAAGAAAGGCGAGUCUACGUGACACUGACCUGCGCCUUCCGGUAUGGCCGGGAAGACCUGGAUGUCUUGGGUCUGACCUUUCGAAAAGACCUGUUUGUGGCCAAUGUGCAGUCCUUCCCACCGGCCCCUGAGGACAAGAAGCCACUGACACGGCUACAGGAGCGGCUCAUCAAGAAGCUGGGCGAGCAUGCCUACCCCUUCACCUUUGAGAUCCCACCAAACCUUCCAUGCUCAGUCACAUUGCAGCCUGGGCCUGAGGACACAGGGAAGGCCUGUGGUGUGGAUUAUGAAGUCAAAGCCUUCUGUGCUGAGAACCUGGAGGAGAAGAUCCACAAAAGGAAUUCUGUGCGGCUAGUCAUCCGGAAGGUUCAGUAUGCCCCUGAGAGGCCUGGCCCUCAGCCCACAGCUGAGACCACCAGACAGUUCCUGAUGUCAGACAAGCCCCUGCACCUUGAGGCUUCUCUGGAUAAGGAGAUCUAUUACCAUGGAGAACCCAUCAGCGUCAAUGUCCACGUCACCAACAACACCAACAAGACUGUGAAGAAGAUCAAGAUCUCGGUGCGUCAGUAUGCAGACAUCUGUCUCUUCAACACAGCUCAGUACAAGUGCCCAGUGGCCAUGGAGGAAGCUGAUGACAAUGUGGCACCCAGCUCAACAUUCUGCAAGGUCUACACACUGACUCCCUUCCUGGCCAACAACCGAGAGAAGCGGGGACUUGCCCUCGACGGGAAGCUCAAGCAUGAAGACACAAAUCUGGCUUCCAGCACUCUGUUGCGGGAAGGUGCCAACCGUGAAAUCCUGGGCAUCAUCGUUUCCUACAAAGUCAAAGUGAAGCUGGUGGUGUCCCGGGGCGGCCUGUUGGGAGACCUUGCAUCCAGUGACGUGGCUGUGGAACUGCCUUUUACCUUAAUGCACCCCAAGCCUAAAGAGGAGCCCCCACAUCGGGAAGUUCCAGAGAGCGAGACUCCAGUAGACACCAAUCUCAUAGAGCUUGACACCAAUGAUGACGACAUUGUAUUUGAGGACUUUGCUCGCCAGAGGCUGAAAGGCAUGAAGGAUGACAAGGACGAAGAGGAUGACGGCACCGGCUCUCCGCACCUCAAUAACAGAUAGACUGGGGCCGGCCUCAGCCCGUCAGCUCCAGGUUCACUCUCGCACUCGGAUGCUUUCUCGUCCCCUUCCCAUUCUGGUUCUUCCUUUUGUUCUUCCAGUUUCUACCAAGGGGCCCCAGUGGUCUUCCAAGUCUCGGUGAUAAGCCUCUGGUCUCAGAACUGGCCUCACGUCACCACGCCAGCAGGACCACAUCCUCAGCCGUCUCUCUGCGAUCACCUGCCCUCCCCCUUUUCAUGCUCAUUCCCAGGAAGGCCACACCACCUGGCCUUGGGAUUUGGCUUGAGAUGGGGAGCAGAAAAAGGAGGGUGGGGCCUGAAGGCACAAUGAUGAUGGGUGUGAAGAUGUGGAGGGGGUGGGCAAGAUGGCUCAAGACACACAAGAAGAUGUCUGUAGUCCCAGUAGGUGACAGUUUUGGCAGCUAAAAGAUGACCAUAUUGAAGGUGGGAGAGGGCAGGACUGUGAAUAGAUUUUCAAUGCUUUUUUUUUUUUUUUUUUGUAUGUGUGUGGUCCAGGCCCACCAGAGACUCCCCCCCCUUCACCUUCAUCCUUGGUCCAUGUCCCUAUGUCUCAUGGGGGAGGCACAUAGACUCCAGGAGUGAAGAGCAAUGGACUGACUUUGUAACCAGACAACACCUACAUUGAAGCAGGCUACAGAUCCAGCCACACAUAUGUCAGAACUGAUUGGAUGAGACAUCAUAGCUUCGUUGCAUUUUUGUGUGAGGGCACAAAGAGGGAAAAUGGGUGUUUCACAAACACCAGCCCCUAACAGUGAGCCAAAGCUACUGAGGAUGUUUUCUGAGGGGAGUUUAAGAGAUGGGGCAGGGCAAGGAGGCAUCCAUCCUCCUCUUUCGUGUGGGUAGUCCUACGGGAAGCAAGGAUGGGGGGUGGGGAGGGAAACAGGCAGUUGGAGCUUCCUCUAGUACUUCUCCACAGUGACUGGCCCUGUCACUAGGUGUGAGAGAGAGGUGCCUGAGGCCACCAUUCCCACUGUUAAGGGAUCCCAUUCCCAGGAGGUGGCAUCCAUACAGAUGAACUUCCAGUAGGAGGCAGCUCCUCUCCUAAAGGACUUGGUCCUAUUAGUACCCAGAGUCGUGGGUACCUGGUUUCCAUCAGCUGGUGUUAGUAUGACUUGACUGGGGUGAAUCUCAGGGUAACAGGGCAGAUGGGUGGCAAAACAGAAAGCGCUCAAAGAUAUCCUUGUUUGGUCUUCGAUGCUAGCUUGUUGUGUGACCUUGGGCCAGUUCCUUCCCCUCUCUGAGCUUCAGUUUCUUGUUGGAAAGGCAGAUGAUUCCAAGAGUUUCUUGUUUAAGUUUCUGUAAGUUUGUGACUCUCAAGAGCUUCUGAUCUUCCAGUUGGAGCUGCAGCUGCUAACUGCCUUCAGAGGAGGUUCAUGGUAGCUCAGAGGACCCAGGGCAGGGCAGAUCACUGAGUGCAACUUCCUGCCUAGGCAGGGCUGCUCUUAGACCUAGUCGGCUUAUCUGAUGUCAAGGUGUGUCCAGAACCUUUGUGAACUUCUCCAUCCCAGAGCUUCUAUGUGCUGAGGCUUGCAUGAGAAGUGUGUGGACAAUCACACACUAUCAAACAUUGAUUUGUAGGGCAAAAGGAUCUCAUCUCGAUUUCUGUUCCCCUUUUCUUAGCUUCAUAAUUGCUGGAGAAGGGAGACCACAGCUUUUGUUUGGUUUUGAGACAGUAUAUGCAGUUUAGGCUUAGCCACGAAUUCACUAUGUAGCUGAGAAUGACUUUGAAUCCCUGAUCUUGUCUCAAGUGCUGGGAUUGCAGGCAUGCCCCUGCCGCUGCUGGCCCCUGCCACUGCUGGCUGCAUGCUUUAGUGUACAGAUCCCAGCCAUUCUCUGUCCUUCAUGCCCAGUGAUUGAAAUUAUUCUUAUGGUGAAAUGGUCCAGGAUCACUGGUUCUGAACCUCCUAAAUCUCAUAAGCAAUCAACUCAAGGUACUUCUUCCCAGAUUAGAACCGCAGACUCCCCCAGCAUCUAGCCCCUGCCAGAGCUAGCUGGAUAUGUUUGCACUUAUAGAACCGAUUAAAAUCUUGAACAGUGUAAGGCAAGCAUGUGCCCUCCACUGGCUUCAACUAAAACCUUUGAAGCUGAUACAAGACCCUUUAGCAUGUGGGCCAACCCUUCAUGUCCCCCAUCCUUAAUUUAUACAAGCAAAAGGUUUCUGAAUCUGGUUUCUUGAGCUUUCCAUACUUCAACAUAUCCCCACUCAUCCUUUAGGUUUGUCCCACAGAUCAACUAAAACUUCUCUACCUGCAGAGAAGCAUCAGAACCCUGGCUGCCUCUUUGUGUUUUAAGCCAGACCUAAGUUGGAGUCUAGCCAAACCAUCCUUUGAUGACAGGUUUGUUCUUUUAUGCUGGAUACUACAGACACUAAGAUGGAUCUUACCCUAGAAUCCUUGUCUAUAGAAACCUUCUGGUCAGGGGAAAGUUAGAAGACAGCAUUGUCAGUUCUGGCUAUAGCUAGUCCACACAGUGCCUUGAUGUGAGUUUGAAUACAGUGUCCCUUCUAGGUGGAUUCAAACCCUGGAAAUGACACUGCAGGGGGCUGGAAUUUGGUGUCAUUUGUCCCUACUCCACAGUUGUACGCUGCCAUAUUGGGUGAGAUUCACAGGCUCAUGUAUUUCUUUGGCCUCUUCUUUCUUGCCUCAGCCUCUGAUCGGCUGCAGACACUAUGCCCCACUGUCGCCCCAUGACAUAACCCAGUACUUCUCUGUAGGGCUCUUCUUUGUUCUGGAGUGUUCCUGGCAGGCAGCACCUGGGAGUGAAACUGGAGGUAGAGGACCCUCAUGAGGUUCCAGGCACCAUCCAGUGAGAUUGGGUUUUCUUGUGCUGACAGACUGGGACUUGUGCCACAUUGGGACUUCCCAGUAGACCAAAGGGCACAUGUUAAUGCCAAUCUGGGCAAGAAGAGCAUGCUUUGGUAAAAGCUCACCAGUUGAGGGCGACUGGACUUGCCCAGUACCCCAGCCAAGAGAAGAACUCCUCUUCUAGAAAGAUAAGAAUUGAGUUGCUUGUCUGGACCCCAUGGCCAUGUCAGCUUCAAGGGCAGCUGGCUUCCCCUGGAGGGUAGCUGACAACUUGAUUCCCACCUGAUGCAGUGAAAGGGACCAUGUCCUGAAAGUCCCCAAGGCCUCUCCUAACUGGAACAAUGGCCUCUGUGUGCUUUCUUUGAGGGAUUGCUGUGGGUUUGAAUGAGAUGGGAGCCAGGAGCUAGUACUCUUGUAGGCCAACCAAGCUGUGAGCGUGUGGUCCUGUCACUGCAGGGAUGAGGCCUGAGGUCACACAGGAAGCUAGCUGUGGAAUGAGCCCUUUGCCAGUCUCUGUCCUGAUGUUCAGCCAUGAAGCUAAUCUGCCAUUGUGGCUUUGGUGACCACACUGGGGAAGAAGUGUAGGUGCUACCGCCCAAGGAUGGGUCCCAGCAACCAGGACACAGAAGACAUGGAUGUUGUCAGUGAUUGGGGGCGGGGAGGAGCACUUGAGCCUGGACUAACUUACCUCCCAGAAGCCCACAGAAUUCAAGAAACCUGGGCUCUGACCACAGGUCAGGGGGCUGAACUCACUGUUGUGGCCACCCAAGAAAUCCAAGGGCAAGAGAAAAUAGAUGUUGCCUCUUCUGAGUAUAAGGUCCCAUCUGGAUCAAAAGAACCACCACAGCUCCUUGGAGACCUGUGGGAAUGUCCAGCCCUCUUGCUCUGAUCCACUCACAGAAGCUUCCAUGUCCUGGGGGCAGCUCUUUCCCUCCAAUGGCUAAGGCCUGUAUGUGUGGCUCCCAGCCCUCAGUGAAGGGCUGGGCUCUAACCUUUAUCCCCAGGACACAGACUCAUGUCUGUUCUGAUAUUCACUCUUUUUAAACUUAAGGACCAAAUGAGACUUCUCUGAUUUUUAUCCACACAGCCUGUCUUGGGCCUGGUCCAGGCAGCUCCAUAACUUCUGCCCCCUGCCCCCUUCCUGGCCCAAAACAGCUUACUGAUGGGGGCAGAUCCACACCUCUGCCACCCCAAUCCAUGCACACUAGCACCUCCCUCAAUAUCACUAACUUGUCACCCCCCAAAAGGGAGGUCAAAGUUGAAGCACAGGUCCCUGGGACCCACUGUCUGCAGACCAGGUACACCUCUCAGUGUUCCACACAGCCUCACUGGGGGCUGUUGCUAGGGGAAACUGAGGAAAGUGGGGAGAGGACUGAGUCUCCAGCCCUCCCCCUCAUUCCUACUUUCUCCAGAGUAACUGCUUUUAACUCUCUUGUCUAUUGAGGUUUCACUUUUAAACUCUUUGAAGAAUAACUUCAAGCCACAUUUUGUGGUUUGAUCUUAGACCAGCAAGCACAGGUUCUCUUCUUGGUUUUGUGUGUUGGGGUGACUCCAGCGUCCUGACACAGAGAUACUUGUUGGGACUCAGGUCAUCGGCUCCAAGCAUUAGAACACACACUGGUUUUCUAGUUGACUCACUUUGCACCUUGGGAAUGAGUUUGAUGUGGGCUGUGCCUGACAGGCUUGGUCCUGAGAAUGUGUGUGCUGUGUGGGGACCAUGGAGUUAGGAGCCAGGCCCAAUGUCCACCCGGGACACAUUCUCAGGGCAAUGGGAGGAGAUCCCAGGGCUGGCUUCGUUAUGCACAGCCACGGGGUGGGGAUCCUGGGUCAUGUAAGAGAUACACCAUCAGGGAGAGCUUUUAUGAGGCAGGAUUCCUCAGAGGCAUUUUAAGCAAGUCUUCCUCCAGUGAAUCAACUAGGAUUCCUCUUCCACACCUGUGGAUGUCCAUGUGCACAACAGGAGGCUUUUGAGCCCAAAGAGAGGCUGGUCCCCCUUCUGCAGUCUACCAGCUUCUUUCCCUGCUGACCUGCGGUGUCAUGGGGAUUCACUUGCAGGACAGCUCAUUGGUGAGACUUGGGCUAGCCUUUGAAACAAGUCCUGCCUGGGCUUACCUCCUGGCAAAGCUCAGGGCAUUGUCAAUCACAUGGCACGGGGGAUAGAAUGCCAUCUAGUGUUUUAUUCAGUCCAAGUGUGACCUAGGAGACCCCAUUGACCUCAGGUUCCCCAUGUGUAAAGGGCUAGAACCAGGCUCUGCCCACCUCACAGGGACCACUGAAAAGGAUAUAAGGGUAGAGGGUAAGAAGAGAGGCCGGAUGAGGAGGCAGCCUAUGUGAGGGGAUAAGGUUUUGGCCUGGGUUCCUGACCCACAUAUGUCACAACAAAAUGACAGUGCAGGAUAUCCUGUCUUUCCUGGGUAUCUGCUCAUUGUUAGGUCCAGUCACAGCUGCUGCCAGGCUGCCUCUUCCGAGUGGUGGGAGUUGAUGUGUGUCCUGGGUGUGGUGAUGAGGGGUGGCUGGGGCGGCCUCAAGCCUGUGACCCUCUGUGAAGUGAUGAUUUGUGUGGCACAUUCAUUCCUGGACCACGUCCAGGUCAACGUGUUGUACCUGUGGCUGCCCUUGUCCCGUGAAGUCAUUAUAGUUUAUUCACUGCAACAGGACAAAUGAGCAAAAGAACCUUGUACGAGAGGCCAUUAAAGGCCUUUUGUGAUGGAGGA